AUGGCUGAAGCUUUCGUAACUUUAACUGGUGAAAUUCAAGCAAAAUCUCCUGCUAUUUCAUUUAUAAAUUCAAAUAAAGGAAAAUCUCUACUAGUUGCCGAUGAUUAUACUGUUAAAUUGGAUAAAGCAACAACAACUACUAAAUAUUGGAUAUGCACUAUUAAUGGUUGUGCAGCUAAAGUGCAUACUGAUUCAAAUAAUCGAUUGAUGAAAACUGUUGGCAAUCAUAAUCAUCUACGCAAGUGA